AAAACCCAUUUCCAAUCCCUAAAAAGCUUUCAACUUUCAACAAUGGCGAUCACUUCGCCAUCGGCUCCGACUUUCUCGGCGUCUCUCUGCUGCACUCGCACUGACUCAGCCGCUGUUCCAGCUCGUUCACUCAAAUCCUCGCCGAUCCAAACUAGGUUCCAGAAUCGCCGAUUCACGUUAUCCUGUCGGCUUGAUUCAUCUUCCUCCGUACCUUCUAAUGGCUUCGACGGCGAUCUUCAGUACGAACUUCAGCAUGGAAGCGUUUCGACUCACUAUCGCCGGCGAGGUUCACCGGUGUUCGUCACGCUUCCGGUUGAUGCCGUCAGCUUACCGGCAGGGAUUAUGAAGAGGAAGAAGGCGAUGGCGCAGUCGUUUCGUGCUUUGGCGGCGGCGGGAGUUGAAGGAGUUGUGAUGGAGGUGUGGUGGGGGCUGGUGGAGAGGGAAUUGCCCAGGGUUUAUAAUUGGCAAGGGUAUUUGGAGAUUGUGGUUUUGGCUAGACGAUGUGGUUUGAAAGUUCGAGCUGUAAUGGCUUUUCAUCAGUGCGGUACUGGGCCUGAUGAUCCCUUCUGGAUUCCCCUUCCUCUGUGGGUUUCUGAAGAAAUGGAUAAAGAUCCAGAUUUAGCAUAUUCAGACAGGUUUGGGCGACGAAAUAUGGAAUAUAUAUCCCUAGGGUGUGAUGUUCUUCCCGUUCUGCACGGACGAUCUCCAAUCCAAGCAUAUGCUGAAUUUAUGAGGAGCUUCCGUGACACCUUCAGACCAUUUCUUGGUGGUGUCAUAACUGGUAUCCAAGUUGGAAUGGGUCCUGCUGGUGAGUUAAGAUAUCCUUCAUGCCCUUUACAGAAGCUGAGCUGGACAUGGCGCUCACGCGAACUUGGCGAAUUUCAAUGCUAUGACAAGUAUAUGCUUGCAUCUUUAAAUGCUUGUGCUGGGGAGAGAGGGAUGCGUGAGUGGGCCAAUGGCGGCCCUAUUGGUGCCAGUAAUUUAAUGCAGGAUCCUGAAAGCACAGAUUUCUUCAAAAGUGACGGUUCUUGGAACACACCAUAUGGAGAGUUCUUCCUUGCAUGGUAUUCAGAGAUGUUGCUGCUUCAUGGUGAGAGGAUUUGCAGGGAAGCAGAGACCACAUUUCGUGGUCUUGAAGUUAAUUUGACAGGCAAAGUGGCUGGGAUUCACUGGCAUUAUGGUACACGGUCUCACCCGUCAGAGCUAACAGCUGGCUACUACAAUACAUCAAUUCGAGAUGGUUUCCUGCCAAUUGCUCGCAUGUUUGGUAGGUACGGUUUUACCAUGUGUUGUACAUGUUUCGAAAUGCGGGAUGCAGAAGAGCAGCAGAUGAAUCCUGUCAGUGGUCCCGAAGGUUUUGUAAAACAACUUUUGCUUGCUGCUAGGAUAUGUGACAUUCCCCUGCAAGGUGAAAACACUGCAAGUAGCUUGGAUGACGAAUCAUAUCAACAGGUGUUAAGGAUGUCUAAGUUCUAUUCGGAUGGUCCAGGAACACCUACCUUUUCAUUCAAUUUUGUCAGAAUGGACAAGAACUUGUUUGAAUAUCGGAAUUGGGUUAGCUUUACUCGUUUUGUGAGACUAAUGGCAGAUGUCAAAAUUUUUCGAGCCAAGCUAGGAUUUGGGGAAGGUGAUAUGCCGCUUUCAUCUUUAUCAGCAUCCGCCACUGCUGGAGCAGUUCUUGCAUACUAGCUAGAAACUUCAACCUAUAGGCAUUGCUUAUGCUAAUUGCGUAUUCUCACCCUCCACAAGUCAAGGGUGUGUAUAUGUCUAGCAUCUUGUGAUCUAUGAUUGUGAAUUGCGUAGCAAAAGCUUGGUCUAUUUUGCGUAAUUUUUUCUCUCCGUAUACUGUAAUGGUUCGCGAUCAAGUUGAAAAGGGGUAUUUCCUUGUAUCAUAACGGUGCCUUCCUAUUAUUUUUAGAAUGGAUGGCCUCUCUAUUUCAGCUCAAAAGGUAUAUCUGUCAGGCAAGUUCAGUUAGAACAAUUAACUCCUUUUAGUAUUCUGAUA